CAACAUUCCCUCCCCCCUUCUCUCCCUUCCUCUCCUCUCUCUGUUUUACGAGAGAUCCAUCCUAAGUAGCAUCUCUCUCCCUCUCUCCCUGUCUCAGUUUUUUUUUUGUUAUUUUCAAAUACUGAGUCACGAUGUACGGCGUUUCCCGGCCUCCGAACCGACUCACCGAGUUCAAAUCGGGCGGAAAAAUUGUUCGACCCAGGCGAGCCACUACUCCUCGUCCCACUCCAUACGACCGCCCAACCCCUCGCCUUUCCCCUGAUUCCACCCCUCAAAACCCUAAUUGGCUUUCUCGUCUCAUUUUUUCUCCUUCUCGCUUGCUCGCCAACGGUGCCGGUAAAGUUUUCUCCUCCGUCUUCGGCUCCGAAUCCUCCGAUUCCUCCUCCGGCGACGAAGACGACGACGAAGACAGCGAUGCCGUUUCCACUUCUGAGGGUGAAAUGGAAGAUACCAUUGAAGAUGGCGAUGAAGGCAGUGCUUCUUCUCUAAGCGGUGAAAAGAAGAAUCAAACAACUGAAAUUGUUCAUUACUCAAAAAAAGAUCUCCCAGCUGUAGAGUGGAGGACUGGAACAAUGCGUUUAAUUGCACAGCUUCUAACGCAGGAAACGUUCACGAGGGAAGAAUGCGACAGACUAACACAUAUUAUUAAAUCAAGAGUUGUAGAUUCUCCCAUCAUUAGAGGCACAGAAGAUGGGAGACUGAGUGAGGUUCUGGACAAGACAGCUGGCGAUGUGAUGAUUCAGAUGUCGACACACCUGAUCUCCGCAAUACAGCUGUUAAAGAGGCUAAAAAAUGGUUUGAGGGGAAGAAAUUGGGGCCAAAUUCAAAGCCAGUGGAGUGUGGAAUCUGCACUCUCAACACUGCUCCACAUGUUAGUAAUCCUGGUUACUGAAGAAGAAGCAGGUUCACCAGUGGAUUUGGCCAAAUCUUACAUGCAAGCUCGCCCACUAUGGGCUUCUCCUUCCACAAACCAUAUCCAGUUGCAAUCCCCAUCAUCAAUGGGAAAAGAGCUUUUUAAGGAAGCAACACCAUUUUCAGUUGGUGGCAAGUCACUGUCCCCAUCAAAGUUGAACUGGGAUUCCCCUGUCACUGGUUCGUGGAAUAUUCAGGAAGAACUACGUAAAGUGAGAUCCAGGGCAACUGAAGAGAUGCUAAGGACUCGACCGUCUUCCAAAAUUGAUUGGUCUGCAUUAGCUUCAGUUUAUAAAGGAGGUCCUAGUUUAUUGUGUACUGGAGAAGUUGGUGGUGCUAAAGAUAAAUUUUCCAACUUUACACAAUUAGUAGAUGUACCUUUGACGUGGGGCAGUGCAGCAACUACUUCUGGCUUGACAGAUUCUCAGAUGGCACAAGAUAAGUUGCAGAAUGAAGCUUUUCCACCUAAUGCAGCUACUUCUGUUCCUGAAAAAAGUCAGGAUCUGGGAUCAACACCGACCAUUGAGUGUAGGGCAGGCUUGCCAGAUGGCUCUGAAGCGAUAUCAAGCCAUGUACAGCAACAACAGCUUUCAGAAGAAGUGAUAGUAAAACAAAGUGCUGAUGCCAACAUUGCUGCUCCUGCUCCUGCUCCUGGCCUUGGAGACGUCGAGGAGACUAGCCACCCUUCAAGCUCCAUGGCAGAAACUGUUAGAGGCAAGAGUUUUAAAUCUGAUUCAAUGUUACUUGAAGUAAAUUAUAUAGCAUCCAAGGAAGUUGCUGGAAGAGAUGAUGCAUUUACUACCAAUGGCUGCCCUUCUUCAGCAUACAGUUUGCCUGCAGUACACUACGGAGAACAGAAGUCUAUGCUGUCUGGCAAAGAACACAGUUUAGUUGGUCCAGAUCAUGACAAGGUGACAAGAACUGCUCCUGGAGAGGAAACCUGCGAGCUUCUGAGUGAGGCUUCCAUGGAGGUGCCAAACGAUAAUGAAAUUGUUGGUUUUGCUAAUGACUCUGAAGACAGCUCCAGCAUGUACCAGGGAGGGUUAGUACAGGCUGUGGCUCGACCAAAUCCAAAACGCCGCUCGGUAUCCAGGACAACUGGUGCCAAGCAGCAAGGAAGAAACGUUAGGAGCAGAGACAAUAGGAGAGGCAGAGGACGGGGUAAAUAAUGCUAAAUCAUGUCCUUGUACUCUAGUGUAAAAUUAGCUGUAAACUAGACUAGAAAGGGAGGAGGAUAGUGCCAUGACAGGGAAACAAUAAAGUAUAGCGAGGCUCAUAUAGCUCUUCGUUUAAUGCUAAACUACGCUGGUUUUCCCUCUUCAAUCGGGUGUUCAGUAGUUGUUAAAUUUAGGUAUUGAUUUUCCAGUCCAGACAUUGAUUCAUGGUAUCAUGUCUGAAGAUUUGCAAGCUGUAGUCAGGAAUUGGUAUUUAUUUUGGUAGAAGAUUUGCAAGCUGUAGCAAAGUUGAUAUGUUUUGGCC